AUGGCUUCUAUAGGAACGGACCCAGGAGCAAAUGAGCGCCGACCUGCAGACGGUCCCAGAGGCGGCCGAGGACGAGGCAGAGGUAGGGGACGGGGACGAGGAAGAGGCGAUGCACAGAAUCUGGGGGACGAAAUGCGACCCGCCCAACACCAGAUGCGACGGAGAGGAGGCGGAGGGGAAGGUCCAUCUGGACUAUUGUCACCUCAGAAGGCGCCUCGAGUUAUGCCCCAGAACGAACAGCUGCCAACGCCCGCCAAUGGAAAAUUAAAAGCGAAGGAAGUUGAAGCUUCGCAGGAGGGACAGGUGGAGGCUGAAACGGAAGCCCCAUUUGUAAUAUUCACUGAUGAUGCCACCAAACGAUUCGAGGACUUUACCGCAGCGGAUAUUUCCAACACAGACGAGAAUAUUGGCAUUCGAUACGAGAAUAAUGAUAUCAUGGAGGAUACAAGACUGCUCUUGCGAUAUAAUUGUCCCGACGGCGAUUGCGAUGUUGCAUGCUUAGGAUGGCCGGACUUGCAUCGACAUGUCAGGGGUCUUCAUCACAGGAAGAUUUGUGACUUGUGUUCGCGGCAUAAGAAAGUCUUUACACACGAGCAUGACCUGUUUACUGAUGCGGAAUUAACAAAGCAUAUGAAGAAAGGGGACGAUAACCCGGGUGCUAUCGAUCAAAGCGGAUUUAAGGGCCAUCCUUUGUGUGGAUUCUGCGGGGAAAGGUUUUAUGGUGAUGAUGAGCUUUAUGUUCAUUGCAGGGACAAGCAUGAAAGAUGCUUUAUCUGUGAUCGAAGAGGGGGCCCGCCGCAAUACUAUCUUAACUAUGAGAAGCUGGAUCAGCAUUUCAGAAAAGAUCACUUCCCAUGUCUGGAUAGGGAGUGUCAGGAGAAGAAAUUUAUCGUCUUUGUGUCAGAGAUGGACUUGAAGGCUCAUCAGCUAGAGGAGCAUGGAGAUAGUCUUUCAAAAGACGUACGGCGAGAUGCGAGGAUUGUCGAUAUGUCGUCGUUUGAUUAUCGAGCUCCUUAUUUUCAAGAAAGGAGAGGUGGAGGAAGUCAACGAGAACAACGUGAGAGUCGAGGGAGAGGAGGGAGGGGAAGAGGAAGGGAUCCAAAUGCGGAAGCAAUACCUGCUUCAAGUGCACAGCCGUUACGGCGAGAUGAGCAGGCGUUCCAACGACAGAUGGCAAUCCAAACUUCCCAGUCGGUAGCGCCCCGCACAUUCGGAGGCCAAUUAUCGACGCCUGCACCCACGCGGGAACCAGCCAGCGUUACUGCACCACGGCCCUCUGGGAACGUGGAUGCUGUGGCCGAAGGCGUUCAAAAUAUUGGGAUUUCCCAACCGAGCCUAACACCCCAGGAACAAGCUCGCCAGCUUCGCCAUAGAGAAGUUAUUGAGCGUGCCAGCUCUCUACUCCAGAACGAUCAGACAAAACUUGGUCGAUUCCGGAGUUCGAUUUCUGCUUUCCAAUCUAAUAAACUUGCCGCACCUGCGCUUAUCGAUUCCUUUUUUGCGCUCUUUUCAGACACAACAUCAAGUGCUCUGGGGACUUUGAUUCGCGAGGUUGCGGAUCUUUAUGAGGAUAAAAGCAAGGCAGAUGCAAUUCGGACAGCAUGGAAUGAUUGGCGAGCUAUUAACGAAGAUUAUCCCUCUUUGCCUGCGGCUAGCAGUGCCACUGGUGGCUCUAUUCCACUUGGCUGGGCUUCUAUAACUUCAUCCACCCCCGCAUCUUCCUCCUCCACUCCAUCUGCAGCGAAAUCAACUCGGGUGCUCAAACUAAAAUCAUCCACAGCUAAAUCCUCGCGGUCAUCAGUGUCACAAACGCGAUCAUGGGGUACAGCUUCAGGACUCUCCUCGUCCAGCAAUCCAUUUCCCGGUCUUCCAACACCAGGAUCGUCGAGUCGGAGCAAAGUCUCGACCGUACCAUGGGUCGGUUCCUCAUCUGCUCCACCUUCAAAUGUAUCGUCAGCGCCCACCUCCCGACCUGCUUCUCGUGGUCCACCUCGAGCAGCCGUAGGCGGAAGUGAUGCUUUCCCAGCGCUGCCACCAGCUCCCAAACCCCAGAGUUCUAUCUUUGGUUACGGCUCCGGAAUGGUACGGCGCGAUGGAGGUCGCGGUUCAGGCAACGCGGCGUUCUCGUGGGGCGGUGGUGCCGGUGAUCAGGGUACUAUUAGUGAGAAUGAGGCCUUGGGAGGAGAUGAGGGCGGGAAGGGGAAGAAGAAGCAGCAGAAGAAGAAGGUUUUGAUGAAUUGGGGAUAA